AUGAAGCCCCGAGACUACUGUUGCUGCGCAAUACCGACGAUCAAUGCUGGCAUUUACACGGUACUGGCGGAGCAGUUUAGUUUGGCAAUUAUUGUGGGAGUGCUCUCAAUCGCUACACCAUCCAUCGUCGGGGCGGCUACUCCAUCUUUCGCACCUUGGAUUCUGGCUAUAAUAUGUUUUGUGGCUGCAGCCAUUCAAGUAUUGGGAUUCAUUGGGGCGCAUGGGGAGAAACCUGUCAUGUUUCGCCGCUAUGUUACCCUCCACAUUCUCAUAACCGUCGCUGGAUUCUCAGUGGCAGCCGUAUGGGCAAUAAUAUCGGCCACCCGGCACAGCACUGCCAAGCAGAACUGCAUAACGAAUUUCUUCCCCGAUGAAGGUAGCAGGUCGCAGGGAGACCUGCUUUGCGAAAUAUUCCCUUGGGUCGACGUCGGGAUAAUGGGAGGCCUUUGGUUGCUCUUACUAGCGGUCCACAUCUAUUUCUACGUCGUCAUAUCCUCGUACGGGACAGGCCAGAGACGAGAUCAUGCUAAGUAUGAUCAAAUCAAUGACACCACCACGGCCGGUGACAACAUCCCAAUGAACGCGCGCUAUGAUUCUAACGAAGACCUCCGUAACCCAUCAAAUGGUCAAACCUAUAAUCAUCUUCGGCAGGAUAGCGUCGGAAGCGUCGCAGACAUCAUGGGCGCGCCAGUACAACAACCGAAGGACGGAUUCUCUAAUCCUUACAAUUAUCCGUCCCCUCCCCAAAAGUACCCUCCAUACAAGCGAGGUUCGUUAUCCCAGCCGUCGUAUGCCUAUACGCAGGAUCCUGGGCCGACGCCAAUGGCUCAGGACUAUUAUUCCCAAGACCAGAAUCAGCUACCAAGCACACAGCGGCAUCCAGGUCAGUUUUAG